AUGUCGACCUCCCAGCCUGUUAUUAUUUCCUGUGUCGGAAAGAAAGAGUCACUCCUCUCCCACUCCUUCCGUCGUCCUCUCAAUCGCGUCUCUCAACUCAAUCAAUCUCGUCCGUCCCCUCUCCUCUCUCUCCCUAGGAAGACUAAUAGACUCCCUACUCUCUCUCCGAAUAGGCAGUUCCCGCUCUCCCAUCCAUACCCUCGGAUCCAACCUCCCGCCCUGGAUCUACCUCCCGCCCUCGAGAGCGAAGAAGCAGAGGCGGAAGAUAAAGAAGUAGAGGCACCUCCGGCAGAUCAGAAUGCCGGGAGGAGAAAGAAAAAAGAUAGCGAAAGGAGCGAAGAAGCAGAGGCGGAAGAUAAAGAAGUAGAGGCACCUCCGGCAGAUCAGAAUGCCGAGAGGAGAAAGAAAAAAGAUAGCGAAAGGAACGAAGAAGCAGAGGCGGAAGAUAAAGAAGUAGAGGCACCUCCGGCAGAUCAGAAUGCCGAGAGGAGAAAGAAAAAAGAUAGCGAAAGGAGCGAAGAAGCAGAGGCGGAAGAUAAAGAAGUAGAGGCACCUCCGGCAGAUCAG